AUGUCGCAUUACAAUCGACAACGCUCCUUGUAUGACGCCUCGUACGAAGAAUUCCACGGCUAUCAGGCCCAACACGAAUACUCCCGUUUCGAUGAAGACGACAAUGUUGGCAAUUCAUACAGGAGCGUUCCUGACGAGUCCUAUAACGGUGUCCCAGGUUCCGUAGAAGGGAACGACAAUUCUCUUGACAGUGAUGCAGAAGGCGAUGACCUGGACGAGAUGAUUGAUGACCAGGCCGACGACGACGACGAGAUCGAAAACGAGAACGAGAGCGACGAUUAUUACCACCCGUGUGACUCAUCGGAAUCGAUAUGCAAUCUGUUUAAUGCGUACUUUCCUCAAUGCGUGGAUUCCAGCGUUGACAAUGAUAACAGCAGAUUGAUGUGUAUGGGCAACAAAAGGGCGGUCCUGAACGAGACACUGAGGCGCCUCAUACAAAUUGUAUUGGUCCUGAACCCCGAUAGAAUGUCCAUGAGGUUCCUCAACUGCAACGUUGACAGCACCUGGAACCAUGUCAAAUACCUGAAUAGGUUUCAAAACUUCCUGAGUAAAGUCCAGUAUUAUGGCCCCACGCAGUUCGGCACAGUGUUGGAGAAUAAGGUGAUCAGGCCUUUUGUCCUGCAGAAGGCACAAGCAGGGACCUUGCGGCGGCCUGUCCUGGUUACUAUCAUAACAGAUGGCCAGCCUACCCAGGAGCAUCGCUCAGCGGUGAAGAACGCGAUUCUGCGUUGCAAGAGUAUCUUAAAUGCGUGUCCGGGGUAUAACGAAAGAGAUGUUUCAUUCCAGUUCGUCCGAGUCGGCCACUCAAGGCGAGCGUGGAACUUUUUGCGAAGUCUCGAGACAGACCCGCAAGUUGGCCGCUUGGUUUACUGCACAGUAGAAAAACUGGAUGAACAGAUCGCCAGAGAGGGAAAGAACUCUAACUUUUCCACCUCGUUGCUUCAAAUGCUGGCUGUCGCUACGAUGCGGCGCUGA